AUGGCUUUCGAGGCGCUGGCGGAGGCUGCGGAGCGGUGGUGCGCCCGCACGCCCUUCCAGCUCAUCGCCGCCGAGGAGACGGAGCGCCGCAUGGACUUCUACGCCGAGCCCGGCGUCUCUUUCUACGUGCUGUGCCCUGAGGCUGCCUGCGGCGACAAUUUCCACGUCUGGAGUGAGAGUGAAGACUGCUUACCUUUUCUGCAGCUCGCGCAGGAUUACAUCUCUUCCUGCGGGAAAAAGACACUCCAUGAAAUACUGGAAAAAGUCUUCAAAUCCUUCAGACCUCUACUUGGGCUUCCAGAUGUUGAUGAUGAUGCGUUUGAAGAAUAUAAUGCAGAUAUGGAAGAAGAGGAACCAGAAGCGGAUCACCAACAAAUGGGUGUCAGUCAGCAGUAAUGUCCAGAGGAGCUGUAAAAUUGGGAAUCCCGUGGCACCUGGUGGGGUCAGAUAGUCCCACGUCAGCCUGUUCAAUUUCGCUCAUCACGUGGGAUAUCUGGCUCCCAGGAUACAAGUUUUAUGAAAUGUUUAUUUAAAAAAAUAAUAGCAAUCUGUGAUGGGCUUUGCUAAGAAGUGACCUGAAUUUUGCUCCUGCUUCAGUGGAGUUUUUAUGGAGUUGUCUUGGUAGUAUUCUGCCAUUACCAGUCUAGAAGUAGUUUUGUUGCUGACUGUCUCCUUGAUUUGUGUUUGAGAGUAAUGUUCACUGACAUGAAUGUAGGGUUGCCUUGAAUGUAGGGACUGCAGGGUCGGCGUGCUGAGCACUCCUGGCGUGUCAUCUCUCGGGGAAAUUGGUGCAGAGAGUAGAUGCAACCAGCACUUUUCUUUUUAGUUCAACAGCUGUGGUUUGUGGCUCUCUACCAGACAGAGCACCAUAUUUCGAGAAGUUUCUCCUGAAAAACACUAGUUUAACAGUGGUCAGUGCUGCAGAAAUGCACGUGGAGGCUCAGCUAAAAUGAUGGAGAGUGACAAGACCAGGAGGUAUUUGUGUUGGACCUGUUAAUGUCAUUUUACUGACACCUGAGUUUACAAGUGAUUGGAUUCAUAACCGGGAGCAAUUAGAGCUCUGGUAUUGACAGUACAUAUCAAAACAAACCUGGGUUCUCUCACACCACUUAACCCAAAGCCAAAUACUGUUUGUGUACUAAUUCAAUCAAUUACAGACAGCCAUUGCAUAUCCCACGUCUGCAUGAAAACCAACUGUAAGCUUCACUAUUUUGAAAACAUCGAGAAAUUAUUACACAAAUCUUGCAGUGUCGCCAACUGAAGUGCAACUUAACUUGCAAGCCAUAAGUCUAUAAACCAGCUUGUAACAUUAUGCUGGACCUUUUCCUCCCUCUGUGUCUUUGAGCUAAUCUGGGCAUUUCCACCUCUGACGAGGGAAGCUAAAACACUACCCAAGCAGGAGGCUCCUCCUAUCUUAUACCUACUUUGCAUAGGUUUAAGUGGCUCCAGUGAGUGCCAGACUGUGAAGAUGCAGGGUCUCUUUAUUUACAUGCCUUUUGUACUGAAAAUAUAAGAAACAGAGUGAUGCUGUUGUAAGACAUCUGUUUUCGGUGACUGAACAUAGCGUUUCUGAAUUUAUUCCUUUCUUCCAGUUUCUUUUUAAAUGGCAAAAUGAAGGUCACACACUUCGAAAGCCCUUUUAUACAGAAUUAGCUUUAUGAAAACAAAAAGUGAGCGAAGAAAAAAUGAUAGGACAAUUCCCAGAAACAGCUCACACCAUUUUGAAAACCCCGUUGGUAGCAACAUCUUCUUUUCCAUAGACUUUUAAAAGACUUUUAUUUUUCAAGAUUACUUAAGAGAGGAAGUUUUCUUGGGGAUUUACAUGUCUGAUGAUGGGUUCAGAGGUGCAGAGCACCUGAUUUUUUUCCAGCCUGAGGCAAAGACCUUCCAUAACCAGGACAGUGUGCGGUACCCGAUUACGUACAGGAAUGUCUGCAAUGCUUUCAAAGUUCAGGUUUAAGAAUAUAAAAAAGAAUGGAAGAGAAACAGAUCUUAAUGAAACUUUGUACAUUCUUUUGGCAUGCAGGCAUAAACACGGUAGUUGCAACACAUUUUCUAUGGACUAGUGACGUGAGAACUGUGGCAGUUCAUUGUUUAACACUGUGCAGCAGCAAUAGGCUUUUUGCUUACAAUUAUAAAGUGUAAGAACAGUGGGUUCCAUCCCUGCUUUAGGUCCCUAAGUUUUUGUUCCUCCCCAUGAAAAAAGAUGUCAUAACCUUGCUUCAGGAGAAGCUUUCUCUUUGUAGCAUCCAUUGCUUUGGUUACGGCUCGUACAAAUGGAUCUUUUGGGGCUGGCUUCCCUCUGCUGCAGUGCCAAGCAAGAUGUAAUUUACAGUAGCACAAACUAUUGUUUGAAUUGUUAAUGAGCGGUUGAACAUUAAUAUGGAUGUAUGCAAACAUAAAGCUGUAAAUCAUGUAGAUAUAUUAUUUUCUGCAUUCACUAACUCACUUUUUCUGGAAUGCCAUGUGCCAUUGGAGUGAUCUCUCCACCAGAGUGCAAGUGCUUGGUAGAUGAGGGCUGUUCUCUCCUGUUCUCUCUGAUGGGGGAUGUUCUCUGUUCUCUAAAGCUCUCACUAUGGCCAGCAAGAUUGUAUUCAAAUAAAACUCUGGAGGCUGCAUGAGGCUCAGCCCUGCAGAGAGCUGCACACCUGUGUCCCCCCUCAUGCUGCUGGGAGCAGAGCGUGCAGCCUCACUGCUGUACUGAAGCACUGCCAGGCAACACUAACAAUAAACUGGAAAUUUUAUACACAAGAAAACUUAAGUGACGUGUGUGUUAAAUGUGAAUGAGCAUUAAUAUAGAAUGUAUUUUAUCAAAAAAUGUUGAUUGCUUCCUUUGACCAAAUACAUUUCUGUAUGAUCA